AGAAGUUGUUGGCUACUUGGGCAAUUUUCUGCAUGCAAGUUUUAUGAACAAGAUCAACGCCAUGGCGCAAACGCGAUAGCAAGAAGUAAGAAGAUCAAGAGGGAAUAUGAAUAAAAGCACAUCAAAAGCAAGGGCCAUGUCCUUUAAGAUGAGGAAACUGCGUAUGGCCUCCAGCACUGCCCUUCAGUUUGCUACUUUAGCCGCAUUGACUUCGACGAGAGCAAACGUCACUGGUGGCCCACGUGCUACAUACCUAGACGAGGACUUGCUCCGUAAUUAGUUUUCCACCAACGGCGUAGGCGUACAUGAUGUGGUUGGUCAUCAGGAGGAUGCUCCUCCUGUAGCUGUUCCUGGUCAAGAAGAAGGAGAGGACCAGCAGGGGCAUAACGUAGAUGAAGUCGAGCGCAUCAACAUACCUGUCCAGGAUACGCGUGACGUACAGCUCCAGACGAAGAUUGGGAUAGGGUCGCCACCGCAAUGGUUCAAACUCGUUGUUAACACAGGCAGUUCGGACCUCUGGGCUUUCGCAAAAAACUGUACCACAACCAGUGCUCCUGGCGACAUCUUCAGUGGUGUCACAGUCACUUCCAGUAACCGUAUCGACGACUCCUCAACAUCUUGGAGUUGGUCGUCCUCAUACGAUUUGAGUAUGUCGAAAACAGCGAAGGCUCUUGGAGAUCGCGUCACUUUUCAAUAUGGUGACGGCACAAGGGCAUCUGCGGUUUCCUUUCGCGAUGAUGUCAUCGUUGAUCAACGCGCAACUACUACAAGCGGAAAUGCACGACGAAGAGGAGGUGGGUCUUUCAGUGAAAAUAGAGGCUCUUUCAGCUCUAAGAGAACGAGUCUAGUAUCGCAUAAUGCUGCACAGCAAAUGCAGGAGGCAGAAGGUGAUGCUGAUAGAAGUAAUAAGGACGAGAGCACGACGCGCAGUACUUCUUCGAAGUCUCAGAUAGCAGAUGCUGUAGCUGUACUAGCAGAUGAAGGUGGUCGCGUCAAUGUCAAGCACACUGAAAGUGUUGCUCACAAACAAGACGAGGAGGCCACCCUUGUGAGGCAGCAAUUUCUGCUGCGGACAGAUCGUGUACGGCACACGCGCGCUGGAUAUGAGAUGCACGCUGAAGGCGUUUUGGGCUUGGCGCACUAUUUUGACGACGUGAGCGGCCCUAGACCAGCAGUGGCGAAAACGUUCCUCCGAACGUUUUUCGAGCAGCAUCCUUACAUGAAGAAGGAGUUCUCGAUUUGGUUGUCCAAGGCGAAGACUUCCAAGAAAAGUAGAAUCAAGAUAACUACAGGAACGAUAGAAAACACAAAGUCAUCAAAGACGCAGCUGCAAGAUGAACGUGGGGCAGUGGUCUUUGGGCGCAGAAGUUCUUCUCGUCGGAGCAGAAGUCAUGUUUUCGGUGGUGCUAGUACCAGUAUAACGCUAUUGGGUUCAGAACAAGUACUGGACGAGCCCUCUUAUCUCUAUGGGAAGAGGCACUACAUGGAGCAGACGUCUUUGUGGAUCACGAGUGUCCUGUCGCUUGGAUGGGCGACCAGAGGAGAACGACAGAAGAGCAUUCAUGAAACAUCUAGUAGUGGUGCGAGUACGCCUUCAUCGGGUUCAGCAAUGGCGUCUUCCUCUACAAGAACAUCAACAUCUUCAACAACAAGAUCAUCAAAUGCCGAAGAUGAAUUAGAAUCGUCCACGAGGACUUCGUUUCCUCCGACCUACACGUUUUUUGGUGCGUGA